CAGCUCGGUCUGGUAAUCUCCACACCGGCCGGCUACUGCUUCACCGGCGGUUAGCUGUCCGUCCUCUCGCUGGUACGGGUCGCCGGCCACUGCUCCACUGAUCAGCUAACUUGCCCCCCAAAAUUUUCAUGUUUUCUGAAAUCUGAAUCCUGCUAGAGGAACAAACAAAGCAAAAGGCACUUAAGUCACCGGAAAAGGCUCAGCUGUGGCGAAGAAUCCCUCAGGAACUUAUCACCAUGAAGGUCACUGCAAUUGGGCAGUUUCUGCUGCUGCUCAUGGCUUGCAGUGCCAUCACCUGCAGCUCCGGUGAUGGAAUCGAAACAGACCGGUUGUCACUGCUGGACUUCAAGACAUCAAUAUCUCUUGAUCCACAGCAAGCCCUGGCCUCAUGGAACGACAGCAUCCACUUGUGCAGCUGGGAAGGCAUCCAGUGCACGACGAGCAAUCCACGUCGUGUCGCUUCCAUCCGCCUCGACAGGCGAGGCCUGGUCGGGCAAAUCUCUCCUUCCCUCGGAAAUCUAACAUUCCUGAGGAACCUCUCCCUUGCGACGAACCGGUUCACCGGAGAAAUCCCCCUGUCCCUUGGCCACCUGCAGCACCUCCAGUACCUCUACCUGAGCAACAACACGCUGCAGGGGAGGAUACCGAGCUUCGCAAACUGUUCAAGCCUCAGGGUGCUGUGGCUGCAACGCAACGGUCUGGUCGGGCAUUUCCCUGCAGCUGCAGAGCUGCCCUCUGGCCUUCGUCAGCUGCAGAUUUCAGUGAACAAUCUUGCUGGAACCAUCCCUGCUUCUCUUGCCAACAUCACAACACUGACUGUGAUCAGUUGCGCAGAUAAUAGCUUCGUGGGCAAUAUCCCAGAUGAGUUUGCCAGAUUAUCUAACAUGCAGCAGCUGUAUGUGGGUGCCAACCAGUUGUCGGGCAGGUUUCCACAGGCCGUCAUGAAUCUUUCUGCCCUCACUGACCUCAGCCUUGGUCUCAACCAGCUCAGUGGAGAGGUGCCACCGGAUCUCGGCAGCGCGCUGCGCAACCUUCUGUUGCUCGAGUUGACAGUCAACUUCUUUAGAGGUCAGAUCCCUCCUUCACUGACAAAUGCUUCCAAUCUGUACUACAUCGACAUAUCGAGGAACAAUUUCAGUGGAGUGGUGCCUAGCACGAUCGGCAGGCUGAACAAGAUGGAAAUGCUGAAUCUUGAAUACAAUCAGCUCCAAGCAGAGAAGAAGCAAGACUGGGAGUUUCUUGAUAGCUUGGGCAACUGCACUGAGCUGAUAGGUUUCUCAAUGACAGGAAAUCUUCUACGAGGGCAUGUGCCAGCUUCAUUAGGCAACCUUACCAACCAGCUCCAGUAUCUGUACUUGGCAGAAAAUCAGUUGUCAGGGGAAUUUCCACCCGGCAUAGCAAACCUUCACAGCCUGUUCAUUGUAUCCUUGAGUGUGAACCACUUUACAGGUGCACUUCCGGAAUGGCUUGGAACUCUCAAAAAUCUGCAGAAAGUAUCAUUAGGCAGCAACUUCUUUACUGGGGCCAUUCCAUCAUCCUUUUCAAAUCUGUCCCAACUGGGAGAGCUCUAUCUAGACUCCAACCGGUUGAUUGGCCAGAUACCUCCAAGCUUUGGAGACCUUCCAAUCCUUCAAGUAGUAAACAUUUCCAACAACCGUCUCCAUGGUAGCAUACCAAAGGAGCUUUUCAGAAUUCCAGCAAUAGUGCAGAUUAGCUUGACUUUCAACAACCUAGAUGCACCACUUCAUCCCGACAUUGGCAAUGCCAAACAGCUCACAUAUUUGUACCUUUCGUCAAAUAAUAUGUCUGGAGAAAUCCCUAGCACCUUGGGUAAUUGUGAGAGUUUGGAAGACAUCGAGUUUGAUCACAAUGAUUUCAGCGGAAGCAUCCCUGUUUCAUUAGGCAACAUCAGGACUCUAAAAGCUCUCAACUUGUCUCACAACAACUUAACCGGAUCGAUACCGGCAUCUCUUGGAAACCUAAAGCUUCUUGAGCAACUAGAUUUGUCAUUCAACAAUCUUAAGGGUGAGGUCCCAACAAAAGGGAUAUUCAAGAGUGCAACUACUAUGCGGAUUGAUGGAAAUCAAGAGCUUUGUGGUGGGCCACCGGAGUUACACCUGCUCGCAUGUCCUGUCAUUCCUUUGGAUUCAUCUAAGCACAAGCUAUCAGUUGUACUGAAAGUAGUGAUCCCAGUAGCCACCGUUGUGUCACUUGUGGUGUUAAUUUCUAUUUUAUUGUUCUUCCGGAGGAAAAAACAGAAGACAAAAUCUGUUUCUUUGCCCUCUUUUGGUAGAGAAUUCCCCAGGAUUUCUUACAGUGAUAUUGUCAGAGCAACAGAGGGCUUCUCAACCUCUAAUCUCAUUGGUCAGGGAAGAUAUGGUUCUGUUUAUCAAGGACAUUUGUUUCGAGAUGGAAAUGUGGUUGCCAUCAAGGUCUUCAGUCUGGAGACAAGUGGAGCACAAAAGAGCUUCAUCGCAGAAUGUAAUGCUUUGAGAAAUGUGCGGCACCGCAAUCUAGUUCCUAUCGUAACUGCAUGCUCAAGUACGGAUUCUAAUGGAAAUGAUUUCAAAGCCCUAGUAUAUGAGUUCAUGCCACAAGGAGACUUGCAUAACUUACUGUACUUGACUCGAGACAGUGAAGACUCGUCAUAUCUGAACUAUAUUUCACUAGCUCAAAGGUUAAGCAUCGUGGUGGAUGUAUCAGAUGCUUUGGCAUACUUACACCAUAACCACCAAGGAACCAUUCUUCAUUGUGAUCUGAAACCUAGCAACAUUCUUCUGGAUGCUAAUAUGGUAGCUCAUGUUGGAGACUUUGGGCUAGCAAGUUUCAAAUUUGAUUCCGCGACACCAUCUUUUGUCGACUCAGUUUCAACUUCGUCAAUUGCAAUCAAUGGAACCGUUGGAUAUGUUGCUCCAGAAUGUGCCGGGGGCGCUCAAGUUUCAACUGCGACAGAUGUUUAUAGCUUCGGAGUUGUUCUCCUCGAGAUAUUCAUCCGAAGGAGGCCGACGGACGACAUGUUCAAGGACGGGAUGAGCAUUGCAAAGUUCACAGAGGUCAGCUUCCCUGAUGAUGUGCUGCAGAUCGUUGACCCACAGCUGCUGCAAGAGCUGGACAUCUGCAAGGAGACUCUGCAGUCUGUGCUGAGCAUUGGGCUCUGCUGCACCAAGACGUCCCCCAGCGAGCGCAUCAGCAUGCAGGAGGUGGCUGCCAAGCUGCAUGGGAUCAGGGAUGCAUAUCUUAAGGAAACUGAAGGAGAGGUUCAGCAGUUUAUGCUUUGAACGAAUAACUUGCAAAUUAGAUUUUCAUUUAUCACGGACCAUGUUUUUUCUUGUUCACUGUGUUUCUUAUUUGGUCGCUACAUCGUUGAAUUAUAAAGUUAUUGAGUUAAAAAAAUGAUCAUAGUUAAUGUAUGCCUGGCAAACUUGAAGGCAUCAUUUCUGCUAC